CAGAAAUUCGCGGAACAAAAUAGUGGAAAAAGCAAUUGAGUUUUACUAUUUAAAACCUCGUUAGUUUAAGUAUUUUUUGGCUUCCCAUGAAGGCCUAUCAACGGUUGGCCACCCUCAUGUGUUGAAUUCGAAUCAACUGGCCUGCUGGGACAGUGUUUAGCGCCCUGCGGUGCAGCGCCGAGCCAGGCAUAAUCAUGGAGCGCUUCUCGAUUAACAUUCUGCAUCAGCAAAUCUACCGAGUUUGCCGGUUGUGCGGUGUGGACCAUCCGGAGAAGCUGCCGAUCAUCGAGGACGACGAUGUGAUUGUCCUGUACGACGAGGAGGACGAGGAGACGAGUUUGGUGAAGAAAAUCGAGGAGUGUGUCGGCAUUUUGGUACACAAAGAUGACCAGAUGCCACAGCAAAUUUGUCAGCUGUGUUUGGAGAAGGUAAAUGAUUUCUACGAAUACCGGUUGAUGUGCGCUGCAACCAAUGUGCAAACCCGCAGCCUUCUCAACCUGCACAUGGUCCAUCCGGUAGUGAAAAGGGUGAAGCUAGAAUUGCCUCCACGGCAAGAAGAAAUUGUACCGAAACUCGACGAAACAGAAGAUAUGGAGGAAGAGGAAGAAGUGGCUGAAUUAAGAAGCACACGAGCUACCAAAGCUAAACCAAGGGAUGAACCCUCCGCUUUGGACUUCAAUGAAGAGUGUAAAGAUGAAGAUGAAGCAGUUCAGCAAAAGCGGCUUAAAUUUGAGCAUGCCUGCGAGUAUUGCAAGGAUGUGUUCACGGAAUCACUGGGAUUGCAGAAGCAUUUAGUUCGCAGACAUACGCCCCGGGUGUACCCAUCUGCUUGCUAUACAUGUUGCGAAUACUUUGAAACACAUCGUGAUCUGAAGGACCACGAAUCCUGGCACAAGGCAACCCGCACGAAGUAUCACUGUUUUCGGUGCAGCAAAAAGUUUGUCUCCAGUAAAACAUUAAAAAGUCACAUCGAUACAAAAGCUUGUGUGCGCCCGGAACGAUCAGUUCAUCCCGUACCGCUGGUACCUGAUGUACGCUGUCCAGAAUGCAGGAAACUGUUCAAAACGCGGAAUCUAUUCGAAUGGCACUCGUGCUUUCUAAAAGCACGAACCAACUGUCCCAAAUGUGGCAAAUUCUUCCGACAAAAACAGCCACUUCUGCGGCACUAUAUAAUGUACUGCACAGGUACACUACCCGUUUCGGAACCGUUGUGGGAAACGCUGAAAAGUGAGCUGAUUGAAAGCAAGCCGGACAUUGACAUCCCAGUCGCGCUGAGCGAGAAGAAGCGAGGACGUGGUCGUCCGUCGGGUAAAAAAUCAUCAGACCAAGAGCAGUUUAACGAUGAGAUGAAGGUGGAGGAGGAAGAACAAUGUGAACUACCUUAUCCACCACCGCUCGAUGUUAGUAUCACGGUGAAAUCCGAGGAGACGGCAUCUGCAAUGCAGACUGGAUGGCAUAUGGAGAACCCUCCGGUGGCUUCACGAUUACGUUCCGGAACCAUGCCUCAUAAUUCGUCCGAAACUGCCACUACGAGUGGGGACCGAAAGAACAGAAGUCGUCGGACACGGUCUUCUACGCUGGAAGAUGAGGAACGAACCGAACGGUAUACUAAUAGCACCACAAGUGAAAACGCUUCAUCCCCAACCAAGCAACCCAUGGUGACGUUGUCCAUGGAAGCGGUCAAACAGGAGUUUCUUGAAAUGAAUGAACUACGUGAACAGCUGGAGGACUGUUUGUCGCAUAAUGAAACCGAGACGCCGAAUGCCAGUGACAAGAUUAAUGAGAAUACCGACGAUGCAGGAGCACCAGAAACUGAUCAUGCUGGAGACAACUGGCAAGAUGAUGGCAAUGAUCAUUCUAAUGAUUCGGAUGAUGAUGCCGGUUCUACUCCUCUUCCAGAGACGGCAAACAUUAGUGAGGCUGUUGUCGCAGGAGAAACUGUUGCAAGCGAGGCUAUAGCUUCACCCUUGGCGGAUCAAGAACACACAGUGAGUGAGAAGGAAGGGGUGGAAAGUGAACCAAAUCCACUUCCAGUGGAUAUUGCGGUUAAGCAGGAACCUCAAGAUGAUGAUCUUAUGCCGAUCGUGCAAAAUCCGCUUCGGAUAACGAUUAAGCAAGAAAAGGGUCUAUUGAACGAUGGCGAGGCUGGUGGUUCAAGUAAAAAUACAUCUUGGACAAUUCAAAAUUCAGCCACAGAUGAUGAUCCUCUGCAGGCCACCGUGUCAAGCAAAUCUCCAAAAGGGUCUUCGCCUACGAAAAAGGCAUCGAAACGAAAAGAAAAGCGAUCGCAGUCAAGCGAUACCCACCGAGAGGAACGAUCCGUGAACAAAAAACCCAGGCAUUGUACGGUGUAUGUUAAACAAGAGGUUCCGGAUCCGGAUCCGGAGGAUGAAGCAAAUCAGAACGAUUUGCCAAUUAUUGAAGAGCGGCCUGUAAUUCGGAUCAAGCCGGAACCGAUUGAUCCGGGUUACAUAGGACGUCCAAUAAAAAGUGAAUUCCCCAGUGCAUCUUCGGAUGAUCAUGCAUACCCGGAUCAUAUUUUUCCCUCCACGAAUCACACAGACGGCAUGGAUGCCGAUAAUGAACCAGUUGUGGCAUUCGAUGGAAUGCACAUUAAAUCGGAACGCUUUGCUGAUGGAGAUUCCCCCGAGAAUGAAACAAACUAUUCGUCCUCCUGCGGGCUCGGCGAAGCAGAAUCUAGGAGCCAUAGGAUUUUAUCAAAUCCAUUCUCUAAAUCGAACCGAAGCAAGGGUGAUGAGAGCACUUUGCGACGCAAAACACAACAAGGCACGGCCAAGAGCAAACUGAGCAAAAUGAUCAAUCCAUUUGCGCUGCUGAAACAAAAGGCAACACAAGACCAGAGGCGUGCGAGUUCUAAUCUACCGCCGGUGUCCGUGCCACAGAUCUCCGAGGUGGGUUCAAGCGAUCCUGUGGAUCAAUUAGCUUUAGAUUCAUCUCCAUUAUCGACAUGUAACGUGUUAAACGAGCAUACACACACUGGCGGCACUUCCGAUUCCGAAACAGAAGCCAUACAGAAACCCCAAAGUGAAAUGAUUCCAGAGUUUCCGAAUCAAGUUGGUGCAGCUGGAGAAAAUGAAGAAAUUUCCAAUCAUUCUACGACGGACGGAACGAAACAGUCAGACCAGCAAUACGAAGAAUCGGAAAAUGCGGAUAAUGUCGAUAAAACGACUUCGACACAGCUUCUUAGCAACGCAGGUGAAAUCAAAGAAAAUCUGAUUAAAUCGAGUGAAGAAAGUGAUAAAACAUUAGACCAAGAACUAGGUAACAGUGAGCAGAGUAUAGAUACGGAUGAAGGUAGACAUAAUGAAAUGAGCAAGGGCAUGAAAAACACAGAAAUCCCAGAGGUAGCGCAUAUGUCUAAUGAUAAAGAAGUUGAGAGGAACAUCAGUCCUCUCACUGAAAACAGAGCAUCCAACUCCAAAAUUGAAUUUAGAAGCAAAAUGGCAGAAACAUAUGCUGCUACUCCUGAGGAUGAAGCAGGAUCUAGCAAGCAGGAUCUUGCCAGAACGCAUAGUCCUGAGGAUCAAGGGUACUUGCCAUUAACCGAUUCCAGCGAAAUGGUUAAGACAACUGAUAGUUUUGAACCGUUAGAUGCAAGUCGGACUGGAAAAGAGACAGUAAAGCCUUUAAUAGCUUGCACAGCGCAGGCUGAUGGAGGAUCCAGUAGCGAUAAUGUAAAAACCUCUGCAGCAUUGACAGGCGAAGCUAAAGAGACAACCCAUGCAACAGACAUUUUAAUGGAUGGCAGUGAGAUGAAUCAGUUUAGCCUCGAAAAGGAUGUCCGAGUUGUAAACGAAGUUUCUCAGGAGUUAUCGUCGCUGAACGUGGAAGGCAUGAAGCAGCACGACUCCAGCAUCGCCGAGAAGCCGAUCACAAUGACUUAGGGUGGUUUCCUGUAUGAUGAAUGGUUUGAAUUCAACCAACUAUAUCCCUGCGUUUCGAUAUGCGUUGAAGUACUGUAUUUUUUCCUAUGUAUAAACUAAAGAAAGUGUGACUUUAAAAUAAGUAUAUUGGCUUAUAGGCUUUAUAUGAAGGAAAAAGUAAAAAUUUACGUGUAAGCAAAUAUCUUAUCAAAAUAAUCUUAACAUGCGAAAAGUAUCUUAUCCAGAAUAAAAAAGAAAACUUGUGCAUAAUGUAUUUCAACAGAACGAACAAACCAGCUCCUUGUUGCCGGACCGAGUUAAAAAUG